UGUUCAUCUACUUGUACCUCGUAAACCAAACUGAAGCAAAAACAACACAAGAGCAUUUAUGCCAUGAUAAGGCAUGGAAAAUUCAGCGCUCAUACCCUCCCAUCAUGCUAAUGAUUUAUUAUAGCUGCAGCUUGUCUUCUUCUCUUCCUGCUCUGUUUAUCCUUCAGCCCCUCUGCACUCAGCUGUCAGCUCUCGACUUCUGAGAGAUAACACACCGCACUACUUUAAUGGGGCGGUCACCAUGCUGUGAGAAGAUCGGCCUAAAGAAAGGCCCAUGGUCGCCGGAGGAGGAUCAGAAGCUGCUUGCCUACAUUGAGGAGCAUGGACACGGGAGCUGGCGAGCGUUGCCUGCAAAGGCAGGCUUGCAGAGGUGCGGCAAGAGUUGCAGAUUGAGAUGGACAAACUACCUUAGGCCGGACAUCAAGAGGGGCAAGUUCAGCUUGCAGGAGGAGCAGACCAUCAUCCAGCUUCAUGCUCUUCUUGGCAACAGGUGGUCGGCCAUCGCAACACAUCUACCGAAGCGCACAGACAACGAGAUCAAGAACUACUGGAACACACACCUCAAGAAGAGGCUGACCAAGAUGGGGAUCGACCCUGUCACCCACAAAGCCACCGGUGGCACUCUCACCGGCACUGCAGACGACAAGUCAGUCAAGGUCGCGGCAAGCCUCAGCCACAUGGCUCAGUGGGAGAGCGCCCGCCUGGAGGCCGAGGCACGGUUGGCUCGAGAAUCGGAGAUGAGAACAGCAGCUUCUACACCAACCACACUCCAUGCAGAGCCAGUGAAUCUCCAUGCCUCCGCUGCUCCUCCAUGCCUCGACGUGUUGCAUGCAUGGCAGGCGGCAAAGAUAAACCUGGAUUCACCCACCUCCACACUGACGUUUGCAGGGAGCAAUUGUGGCAUGCUGCCAACCCCCAGGACGAACAGACAAGAGAUAUCCGAAAGCAACUCUGCCGUCUCUGCGAUGUGGCAUCAGAGAAGCGAUGAACUGGAGGGUGAAGAAAGCGACUGGCAGUUCCUCAGCAAGCAGCAAGUGCCAGGACUGGACGGCAAGGAGAGGGAAGACGUCUUCAUAGUCUCUGAGGAACCAUGGUUCACAGGAGUGGCUGGGGUUGGAACUGGCUUCACAGGCAUGGUGCUUGAUGGAUCCAAUGUGCAUGACACAUCGGAAUGCUGGGUUGAGUCCAACAAUGGGCAAACUAAGAACAGCACCCAAGGAUCAGAUGAGGCGGACAGGAAUUAUUGGAAUGGCAUCCUCGGCAUGGUGAACCCGGAGCUGCCGCCCCAGUCGCCACCAUUGCUCUAGAAUAGAGUCCCUUCCAGCUCUUUUUUUAUUUGAGCAAAUCCAUUGGAUCAUCCAAAGUCAAAAAGGAACAGAAAGAGCGCAACAAAUAACUGCUACAACUGCUGCAACAGUUUGCAGUUUUUUCCCUCCAUGUAAGUGAAAAGUGGAGCUAUUAUGUGGAUGUAGUAAAUAAAUCAUAUUACUUUCUGUCAGUAUCUUUUUAUUGGUCUAGCACUAGAAUUACUGUAUGUUAGCGAGCAGGACCAUAGCAGGGACAGGGACACUACAAUUAAU